AUGCAAUUACCAGUAAUUCGACUUGUAUUUCUUCUCCAGCCGAUUAUUUCAUGUACAGCUUCAAUUCUAGCAAAUGUUUCACUGCCUAAAUUGUCCGGAAUGGACAUAAUGUCCUCCGAUAAAUUUCUACACAUUGGUAUCAUUGAACGGGUUUCUAAGACUACUCUUAAUUUACACAGGCAUCGGCGACAAAUUAUUGCUGGUCCUCAGUAUGAAUGGCGAACCUAUGAAAUUCCUUUCACCAUAUGGGGUGGCGAUCGCAAUUUUCGUAAUCUUAUACGCCGAGGAAUACGUAUGUGGGAAGAAUCGACCUGUUUAAGGUUUAGAGAAGACACUCAUGCAAGUGAUGCAAUCAGAUAUGUUCUUGAAAGAGGUGAUAGCUGUUUCACGGAGUAUAUUGGACGGAAUGGUGGUUAUCAGGACAUUAUCAUUGGAAGUGAAUGUGCUGAGGAGUAUGUGGUAGCGCAUGAAACUGGCCACGCUCUUGGCUUCUGGCACACCCAUCAACGACCCGAUCGUGAUAGAUAUAUAACGGUGAAUUGGAAAAAUGUUCUUGAAGAAGCGACGGCAUCAUUCAUGCCAUUUCACAGCAUGUUGCAAGCUUUUGGCAUACGACAGGUGAUUUCGAGCAGACAAGCGCCAUAUGAUUAUGGAUCAUUGAUGCAUUAUCAUGCAGUGGCUCAUGCAAUAAAAAUAUCCGACUUUACUAUUGUACCUAAGGAAUUAAAAUAUGUAACAACGAUGGGCACUGAAAAAAUGGCUUUCUUGGAUGCGAAGAUUAUUAACGACAUUUAUUGCCCAAAUGUAUGUUUUGGAAGGACAUUUGUGAAUUGCCUAUCUGGGGGAUAUCCCGAUCCGAACAACUGCAAUAUUUGUCGUUGUCCAGAGGGACUUGGGGGUGUCGACUGUUCACAGCUGCAACCAUCAUGUACAUGUGGCGGCGAACUAUGGGCAACGGACCGCUGGCAAACGCUUAUUAGUCCAUCCGGAAGAAACAUCAAUUGUUAUUGGAGGAUAUCGGCACCAGAAGGAAGUCGCAUAAGGUUUAAAAUAAUUGAUGGUGAAUUUCCCUGUUCAUAUGGUUGUCAAUCAUACAUAGAAAUCAAACACAAACUUGAUGUUAGACUAACUGGAUUUAGAAGUUGCUGCUAUCGCCCAAAAGAAGAUACAAUUUCUGAUGGAAACCAAGUAUUUGUCAUAUUUCAUCCGAAUGGCAAAAUAGCAAAGUUUACACUACAAUACGCGAAACAAUUGGCGUAA